AUGACACAAAGUAAUGGUUCGCAUAAAAAAGGAAAUCAAGUAGUGAUAUUCGUCAAAAGACCAGGAGAGAAUAAUCCCCCAACUGUUGACUGUUUCCAAGUAGUCGACAUCGAAACUCCGACUGAAAGCGACUUGGCGCCUGGCCAGUGCAUCGUGCGAACACUUUAUCUCUCCGUUGACCCUGCUCAGCGAUGUCGCAUGAAUGCUUCAACCGGCGUUGAUUAUUUAGGACCCUACGAAAUCGGUGAACCCGUCGAUGGAAUGGAGGGAAUCGGGAUGGUUGAGAAAGUCGGCUCUGACUGUUGUUUAAAGGAGGGUGACCUUGUUACGGGCUGCAUUCGCUUAUGGACAUGGACUAAGUAUUUCAUAGCUGAUAGUAGUGAUCUCGUCAAGGUAUCUCUACCGCCCGGAUUCUCGCCGUCGGUCAUCUUAUCUUGUGUUGGAUUAUCAGGCAUUACAGCUCUCCUUGGAAUUCGCAAAAGAGCUCAAAUCGAUAAGACGAAACCUCAAACAAUUGUUGUAUCAGGAGCUGCAGGCAGCUGUGGAUCACUCGCUGGACAGAUUGCUAGGAUUGAAGGAUGUUCAAAAGUUAUUGGAAUUUGCGGAAGCGAUGAAAAAUGCCGCGCAUUGAAAGAAGUAUUCCGAUUUGAUGAAUCAAUUAAUUACAAAACCGAGGAUGUUUCGAAUAGAUUAUCAGAAUUGGCCCCGGAAGGAGUAGACAUUUAUUGGGAUAAUGUGGGCGGAACAAUAUCAGAUGCUGUCAUUGCAAAGAUGAAUCACGGAGGACGUGUUGUACUUUGUGGACAAAUCGCUGUUUAUAAUACUGAUCUACCGUAUCCACCACCUCUUCCAGAUGAGACCAAUAAAAUACUAAAGGAACGAAAUAUUCAAAGAGAGAGGUAUUUGGUUCUUCAAUACAAAGACGAGAUGGAUGAAGCGAUUGCCCAAUUGUCACAGUGGCUGCAAGAAAAGCGAAUAGAACCACGAGACACAAUUUACGACGGAUUAGAAUGGGGACCAUCGGCAUUUGUUGAUAUGAUGCUUGGCAAGAACAUCGGAAAAAUGCUCAUCCGUCCUUAG